AAAACCCUCCCUUUCCUCUUCUCUCUCUGCCACAACCAAAGAAUCCUCGUGAUGAAGAGCUCUUAGAUUUCACGAGUCUCAUAUUCUCUCUGCGACCGUUUUUGAACUCUCUUUGUCUCCUUCAAAUACCCCGUUCCUCGGCGAAAUCAUGCAUCGGAAUCCCACCAUCACCAUCUUCUUUACCUGUUUCCAUGGCAACUAAAGUACAGCUUUUCUGUUUAACCCUUUUUCUCUUCUUAGUUUCCCACAAUGCAAACACUCUCCAAACCUACAUAGUUCAGCUGCACCCACAGGGGACAACCAGAUCAUCUUAUCCCACCAGGCUUCACUGGCAUUUGUCGUUUCUUCAGCAAAUUGUUUCUAACGAAGAGGAUGCCUUUUCCCGUCUUCUUUACUCUUACCGGUCUGCCAUGGAAGGGUUUGCAGCUCAGCUCAGUGAAACAGAACUACAAACCUUGCGAAGUUCACCUGAUGUCAUUUCGGUUAGGCCAGACAAGCAGCUCCAAGUUCAUACUACUUACUCCUAUAAGUUCUUGGGACUUGACACUAGUGGAGAUGGUGCUUGGUAUCAGUCUGGAUUUGGACGUGGAACCAUUAUUGGGGUGCUUGACACUGGAGUUUGGCCUGAGAGUCCGAGCUUUGAUGAUGAGGGAAUGCCUCCUGUCCCCAAGAAGUGGAGAGGGAUUUGUCAAGCAGGGCAGAAUUUCAGUUCUUUGAACUGUAACCGGAAACUGAUCGGUGCCAGGUUCUUUAUAAAAGGCCACCGAGUGGCUUCAGUCUCUCCAUCAGCAAACAUGAUUCAGGAAUAUGUAUCACCCAGAGAUUCCACUGGACAUGGAACCCACACAUCAUCAACAGCAGGAGGAGCUUCUGUUCCAACGGCAAGUGUGCUCGGGAAUGGUGCUGGAGUGGCGCGAGGAAUGGCUCCUGGUGCCCACAUUGCGGUGUACAAAGUUUGCUGGUUCAAUGGCUGCUACAGCUCUGAUAUCCUGGCUGCAAUGGAUGUUGCAAUAAGAGAUGGAGUUGACAUCCUCUCCCUCUCCCUUGGUGGCUUCCCGUUGCCACUCUUUGAUGACUUUAUUGCCAUUGGCAGUUUCAGAGCAAUGGAGCAUGGAAUAUCAGUCAUUUGUGCUGCAGGGAAUAAUGGCCCAAUUCAAAACUCAGUAGCCAACACAGCCCCCUGGAUUGCUACCAUCGGUGCAAGCACGCUCGACCGGAGGUUUCCAGCCGUAGUUCGAAUCGGUACCGGAAAACUCCUUUACGGAGAAUCAUUGUCCCCAGGAAAGCAGAUGCCAGGUUCUGGAAGUGAACUUAAACUUGUUUAUGUUACCGGAGGGAACACGGGAAGUGAAUUUUGCUUAAGAGGGUCCCUCCCAAGAUCAAAAGUUCGAGGAAAGAUGGUGGUCUGUGAUCGAGGUGUGAACGGUAGGGCAGAGAAGGGUGAAGCAGUAAAGGAGGCUGGUGGUGCUGCAAUGAUACUGGCAAACACAGUGAUAAACUUGGAAGAAGACUCUGUGGAUGCUCAUGUCUUGCCAGCAACUUUGCUUGGCCACGCAGAGGCAAUACAUCUUAAGGCAUACAUAAACUCCACCAGGAAUCCUAGAGCUCGAAUCAUCUUCGGAGGAACUGUCAUCGGAAGAUCAAGAGCACCUGCAGUAGCAGAGUUUUCAUCUAGGGGGCCAAACUUAUUUGACCCUUCAAUCCUCAAACCAGAUGUGAUUGCUCCUGGAGUUAAUAUAAUUGCUGCCUGGCCUCAAAAUCUGGCGCCAACAGGACUUCCAGAUGAUUCCAGAAGGGUGAACUUCACUGUCAUGUCAGGGACUUCCAUGGCUUGUCCCCAUGUCAGUGGAAUUGCAGCUCUGAUACACGCAGCACACCCUCAUUGGUCCCCAGCUGCCAUAAAAUCUGCAUUAAUGACAACUGCUGAUACAAAUGAUCACAUGGGGAAACCAAUAAUGGAUGGGAAUAUGCCCGCAAUGAGUUUUGCCAUUGGAGCUGGACAUGUAAACCCACGAAGGGCAAUUAAUCCAGGACUAGUGUAUGACAUUAGGCCAGAUGAGUACAUUGCUCAUCUCUGCACGCUCGGGUACACAAGAUCAGAAAUCUUCACAAUCACACACAAGAAUGUUAGUUGCCAUGAGGUUCUACUCAUCAACAGGGGUUUCAGCCUCAAUUACCCCUCUAUUUCUGCAGUUUUCAAGCAGGGUACAAGAAGGAAGAUGAUCACGAGGAGACUAACUAAUGUGGGGAGUCCUAACUCCAUCUACUCAGUGGAAGUGAAGGCUCCUGAGGGUGUUAAAGUGAUAGUCAAACCUCGAAGGCUAUUAUUCAAGCACAUAAAUCAAAGUUUGAGUUACCGAAUAUGGUUUAUAUCAAGGAAGAGAUCAAGCACAAAGAAGAUGGACUUUGCAGAAGGGCAUCUGACAUGGGCGCACUCUAAAAAUAACUUCUACAGGGUUAGAAGUCCUGUUUCAGUCACUUGGAAGUAGUCAGGAGCUUGGCUCAUGGUUGAAGUAUAUUUUUAUUUUAAUUCUAUAUUCCCUUAGCUAGAGAGGAUUGAUGCUUAUGAAUAUUUGAGGUUGAAGUUAGUAUGCUUAGUUUCAGCAUGGAGAAACUCUAAACAUAUUAGAAAAGUACCCCUCUUCAUCAUUAAAAUGAAGAGAAGUCGGAAGAAUAAUAGUACAAUCCAUUCUUCAAUAUAUCAAUUGGAUUUUC